AGAGCCGCUGAUUUCCUGUUUUCGUUUACACAAGCAGAGCUCAAUUAUACAUUAACAGACACACGCGAAACAAGUUCGGUUUUAUAAUGGCUUUACUCGUUAUAAUAUGCUUUAUUGGUAAUAUUUACGUGCAAGUUUCCGCUGCGCCGAUUAAUAAUGACUUGAAACACCUGCAAAAACCAUGUAAAUUCUGGCAUAUCUCAGACCUGCACUUGGAUCCAACCUAUCAUGUCACAGAGGACCACACCAAAGUGUGUUUUUCCUCCAAGGGUUUUCCAGCAUUGGACCCAGGAGUGUUUGGAGAUUUCCUAUGUGAUUCUCCAUACCAGCUUAUUCUCUCAGCGUUCAGUUAUAUGAAACAAGCAGACCUGCAGCCUGAGUUCAUUAUCUGGACAGGAGACAGCCCUCCCCAUGUCCCUAAAGAAGAGCUGUCCACUGACGUAGUGAUCAGUGUUAUUUCCAAUAUGACUCACACCAUACGUCAGUUCUUCCCACAACUGCCAGUUUACCCUGCCCUGGGCAACCACGACUACUGGCCACAGGAUCAGUUACCCACAUCAGCAAAUCUGAUUUAUGAUGCUGUAGCCAAACUUUGGUCGCCAUGGUUAAACCCAGCAGCUGUAGCUACGUUGCAAAAAGGUGGCUUUUACUCCCUUGUGAUCAAACCUGGCCUUCGUCUUGUGAGUCUUAAUACAAAUCUGUACUAUAGUCCUAAUGAAGUGACUGUGAACAUGAGUGACCCUGCCGGGCAGUUCCAGUGGCUGCAGGAAACGCUGGACUUAUCAAGACAGAACAUGGAGAACGUCUAUGUAAUUGCUCACGUCCCGAUCGGCUACCUGCCUUAUGCUAAAAAUACAACAGCCAUUCGAGAAAGCCAUAAUGAGCAGCUUGUGAAGAUAUUUCGCAACUACAGCGACAUCAUUCAGGGUCAAUUCUAUGGUCACACUCAUCGAGACAGUAUAAUGGUUCUUCUGAAUCAUCAAGGUGAACCAGUGAACUCCAUAUUUGUCACACCAGCUGUCACACCUAUCAAAAGUGUAUUUGAACCAUAUUCAAACAAUCCAGGCCUCCGUGCGUAUCUGUACAACCCACAGGAUUAUGGUUUACUGGAUAUUUGGCAGUUCUAUUUAAAUCUCACAGAAGCAAACCUGGAAAAAAGAUCAGAGUGGAAGUUGGAAUACAUUAUGACUGAGGCUUUUGAUAUCGGCGACAUUCAGCCCCAUAACUUGCAUGAACUUGCACUUAGGCUAGAGCAGCCACAGAGCAAAGCCUUUGAGAAGUAUUUUAACCAUUUUAUGGUGAGCUACGACUUAACUGCAGCAUGUGAGGGGGAAUGCAAAACGGUUCAGGUGUGUGCCGUGCACUUUUUAGAUCGAGAGGCCUACUCGCGGUGUAUUGCGAAUGCAGGCAGACGGACAGAGUGGGCUGAUGUUACAGUUCUGGAGUAGAUUCUUCAUUUUACUGUUUUUGCAUUUGAUCAAGCUUUAAAAGGGUGUUUUUAAACUAUUUAUUGCUUAAAGGAAAUCAGUGAACUUUUUCUAUUUUGAAGAAUAAUAAUACACAUGUGAAUUAGGGAUGCACCGAUCUGAUACCUGGAUCCUGACGUUUUUAAACGGAUCGGGUAUCGGUCGGACGAGCCCGAUCCAGAUCCGAUACUGUGUGUUAGUCAUGUUUGUUACUGUCAAGCUCAAAAGAAUUACAUAAAAGAACCAUUAAAACACAAUUAAAGUAGUUCAUAUGACUCGUGCAUUUUAUUCAAAGCCACUUGAAGACGUGCGAUAGCUCUGUGAAUCACAAAAGGCUGUUUAAUAAGUAAAUAUAUAAAAUGCAUGCGCAGCUCCAGCACGUUAUUGAAUGGCGCUGCUCUGUUUACACAUUCGCGACUAUUUUUAGCCUUCACGCGGUGCGCAAUAUUUGAGCGCUACUCGCGAAUAACAUCUCAGAUGUAGAUGCUCAAUAGUUUGGUUCACUUAUAUGCAUUUAGAAUGGCACUGGAGGUGCUUUUUUUACCAGAAUUUGAAUAAGAAGCUAAUUAAACUACUGUGAACUUUCCUACAAACAGACACAUACAAGACUUCCUGGAGAGUUCAGAAUGUCAAAAUAAAAGCGUGAGGGUUUUAAAGUUAAAGGUGUCACGGAGAGACUCACGGAGGCAGAGAUAUGAACUCAGUAGCAGGGUUUAUUGAACAGAUGAUUGAAACAGUUAUAUAAACAUUGUGAGUAAAUCCAGUUGAGCAGAGUGGCAAACAGCAGGUGAGUAAUAUCCAGACGGGGUAUAGACAUGAUGAACAGAUAACUCACAACAGUCUUAUGAUACUUGCAGGCAAUAAUGUAGACACAGGUAUGUUUGACAUAGUAGAAAGGUCUGGAGUCUCAGAGAUACUAUCGAUGAGAAAAGACAAGUGUGUGUGUGAAAGCGGGGUAUAUAUGCAGUCCUUGAUUAGCCACUAAUGAUAUGCAUGUGCGUGUAAUCAGAACUCCGGGGAGAGUGUGCACUGACAGCAGUGAGGAAGAGAGAGAGAGAGAGAGACCGGUGGAUCCGUGACAAAAGGUGCACGAUUGAGAUAUAUUACUAUAUAUUACUAUUAUAAUAUAAUAUUAUUAUUAUUAUUAUUAUCAUCAUUUGUUUACAAAUUAUAAUAAUAUUUAAGUUGAAUGGGUUCCAAAAAAAUAACUGUGUUUGAAAAGUGAGCUGAUAUCUUACAACUAAAUUGAACAAAAAAGAGAUCUGAAUCCUUUAAAGUCCAGAUAUAAGUUGAAUUUUUUUUGCAAAAAAAAAAAAAAACGGCUUCUUUUCUACUGAUGAUUUAUACUGGAAUUACUGUUAAUUUUUCUGCUACAUUAUCCAGUAUACUAGUUAACAAAGUUGUUCUUAAUAAGCUACACAUUUAUAUUGAAAUAAUGUGUAGUUAGAGGUUUGUGUUUCUUUACCUAUAAAAGAGUACACACAAUUAGUUCCACACAAUAAUGUAAAGAUAUUCUAAACUGAUUAUGCAAAAAAACAACACUGGUAUCAGAUCGGGAUCAGUAUCGGCCGAUACUGAGAUUUCUGGUAUUGGAAUCGGAUCGGAAGAGAAAAAGUGGUAUCGGUGCAUCCCUAGUGUGAAUCUCACGAAAACAUGUCCAAUUCACAACAAAAUCUAAAGAAAAGAAAUAGAAAUUAUAUAUUUUAUUAAAAAAAAUAAGUGUAUAUCAGGACCAUUAAGAUUGUUUGUGCAUUGAGAAAUAAUUUUAAUGACAAUUAAGCUCAUUUCCCCCCAAAUCUGGACGCUUUUUUGUAAUUCUCAUUAUUCCUAACAGUGAUUCUCAUUAGAUUCUUAUUAAUUUAAUACAGUAAUUUUUCACUAUUACAGGAAAGCCAUUAUUUGUUUUAUUUAAAUCAGCAUAAGGCAGCAACAAAAACUACUAUGAUGUAUAAAUACUUUAUAAUUUUAUGUUUUUCAUUACUGAGAUAAUCAUGAUCUUUUUUUCAAUAAAAUAACGAGAGCGAGGGGCGAGUAGAUGUGCUUAAUUGUCAUGGGAUUAUUUGAUCAUAAUGCAAAAAUUCAUAAAUAUAAAUUGUAUUUUCUUUAAGCAAAUUUUAUUAAUUUUUAUUUUAGGGUGAACUAUGACCCAGACAUGUUCUUGACAGUUUUCAAGAGAUUCACUGACAGAAACUGUUACUUUAUUCAAUGCACAUUACAAACUUUGAUUUCUUUAAAUAACUCUAAUGCAUUUUUUAUACUUAAUUGUAUCUGAAGUUACACAUUAUAAUACAUCAAAUAUUCUAUUUUUUUUUUAAUCAAACCUGUUUUUCAUAGUUACAAAUCAUUUGCUGCUAAAAAUGACAAAUUACAAUUCUUUGAUUUAACUGGCCAGUUAUCUGUGUGGCUGAAUGCAGUCCAAAACUAACUUGCACAAUAAAAUCAUAAUUAAGUUGA